AUGUCAUUGCCUUCUGCUUUAUAUAAUUCUAAAACAUUUGGUGAGAAAAAAUUUGAAGUUGAUCCUUCAAAGCCUCAAUACCAGACAACAAAUGGUGCAACUACCGGUCCAAGUGAACAUGUUCUUAAUGCAGGCCAAGUAGAUAUAGAUAGGCCUUCCGAACCAAAAUUGAAAGAAGACAAUUCUAACCAAGUAACAUACUUGAGUAAUUUAAGAUGCCAAUUAACCGGCUUACAAGAUGAUAUUAAUGUGUUUUUAACUGAAAAGAUGGAAUUAGCAAAGGGAAAGAAAAUAAAAGUAGCAUCAAAUAAAGAUACAGAUUAA